UAUACCACACAGAGCUGCAUCAUACAGAUACCACACACAGCUGAAUCAUACAGUUACCACAUACAGCUAUGUCAUACAGAUACCACAUACAGCUAUAUCAUACAGAUACCACAUACAGCUGUAUCAUACAGAUACCACACACAUCUAAAUCAUGCAGAUACCACAUACAGCUGUAUCAUGCAGAUACUGCACACAGCUAUAUCAUACAGAUACCACAUACAACCGUAUCAUACAUAUACCACACACAGCUGUACCAUAUACAGCUGUGUCAUACAGAUACCACACACACCUAUAUCAUACAGAUACCACAUACAGCUGUGUCAUACAGAUACUACAUACGGCUUUGUCAUAGAGAUACACAGGUCUGGAGGUUUUGUUAAGAGUCAAGGGAAUGUUACAAGAUUAGGGAGAUCUGACAGCAUGUUAUAUAACAGAAAUUGGUGUGUACUUAUUGUUGUUGGAAAGGUGUCAACUCACCUGCAUGUUAUACUGUCAUCAUUGUUAUAUAUUAACAAGAUAUAUUAUAUUUAUAUAUUACCGUACUUGUAUAUAUUUGUAUUUAUUUGGUUACUGUUUUGCCUUAUCACGUCACAGCUGUGUAUAUAUGUAUAUGCUGGUAUUUGUUCGGUUCCUAUAUUACCAUGCCUGGUCACAGCUGUUUAUAGUUCCUGUCUAUACUGGUAUUUGUUUAGUUACUGUCUAUACUGGUAUUUGUUUGGUUCCUGUCUAUACUGGUAUUUGUUUGGUUCCUGUCUAUACUGUUAUUUGUUUUGUUCUUGUCUAUACUGGUAUUUGUUUGGUUCCUGUCUAUACUGGUAUUUGUUUAGUUCUUGUCUAUACUGGUAUUUAUUUAGUUCCUGUCUAAACUGGUAUUUGUUUAGUUCCUGUCUAUACUGGAAUUUGUUUGGUUCUUGUCUAUACUGGUAUUUGUUUAGUUCCUGUCUAUACUGGUAUUUGUCUGGUUCCUGUCUAUACUGUUAUUUGUUUUGUUCUUGUCUAUACUGGUAUUUAUUUAGUUCCUGUCUAAACUGGUAUUUGUUUGGGUCCUGUCUAUACUGGUAUUAG